AUGGAAUGUUACUUGCUGCAAGCCUGGGCAUCGGGUCGUGUGCCCUAUUACAACAAUUUUAUGGAUCAUCCUGGAAAGACAAUUCUCAUGUUCAUGGCCUAUCCAUUUUGGCGGGAUAUUCACUUCUUCUUGUACCAUUAUCCCAUGCAUAUAGAACCCUUCUACAAAUGGAUUCAUGCUCAUCAUCACAGAAGCUGGAAUACAGGGCCCUGGAGCGGUUUGUCCAUGACUCCAAUGGAAAGUUCCAUCACAUUCACCGGUCCGUCUAUCCCCUGCUUGAUCACGGCGGCCCAUCCAUUGCUUUUCUUUUAUGCCAACAUGUUGGCAUUUGUCAACCCCGUCUAUGGCCACCACGGACACGAAGAAUUUGCUGGAUCCUAUUUUCAUUAUUUGCACCAUUCGAGGGUGACCUGCAACUAUGGAAUGACAUUUACACCGGUGGAUCUCCUGACAGGGACGUGGUGCUCGGGCACCAACGAGGAUGCAUAUCUGGCCAAAGUAGAAAAGGGACGGCCCGAAGGAUGGACACCCAAUGGAGACCACACAUGGGGAACCAUUAAUGCAGAUUAAAACCAACUUCUUUGCGCGGGAACCAUGAAAGCAGUCUGCAAAUUUGUUUGCUCCAGUAUUGUAUGAAAUGUCUGUGGGCUUGUUUGAUCACUAAUCAAUACUUUUACAAAAGAAGACGAUGUUUCGUCC